CCUGUGGCGGCUCCCCCUACAAUACAAAGGCGAGGAGAACACGGCGGAAAACGAAACCGGCUCCCCAAACCCCCGCGCCUCCGAUGUCGGGCCCGCGACCCGCCGCCACCGCGCCGAACCCUAGCUCCACGUCCCCCUCUCCGCCCCCUCCUCCGCCUCCCCUGACGACGGCGUCCGCGAGGAUGGCGGCCAGGGUGCGCGAGGAGGGCGAGGUUUCCUCCGGCGCCGACGACGACGAGGCCCUGCAAUUGAAGCGGACAGCUCUAUCCAAUGCUGGGAAAUAUGCGCAGGCUGCUGCUAAAGUGACAUCGGCAAGUUUCCCUGUUAAAAGCGUUAGUAGUUUGAGCCUCUCAAAUGUUCUUCCUCAAAAACCAAUUGCUCCGAGUUAUAGGAAGGCGUUGAGGGGGAAUCAAGGACAAUUCAAACCUGGCACCAGUCAUAAUCUUGCUUGGCUGAAGCCUGUCUCAAGUGAUAACCUUGUGAUAAGUUUCUCUGACGAUGAUAGUGGAGCCGACUCUGGAGGGUCAAAGCAAGACGGAAGUAAAGGCAGGAAAGCCAGCUCACAAGUUACACAUAAAGCAGGGAUUAGUUUGCAAACUAGAAUUAUGAGAGAGGAAGCACACCAACAAAAGACCCGUGCUGCAAGCGUAGGAUCCACAAAAUGGUCUGCCAAUCCACACACACUCAGAAACUCAGGCACAGGUAGGGGCUCAGGUGCCACCUUUUCCAGAAGAGAGCCACCUAUUCGUCAAGCUGCUCAUCUGAAGUCUUCACAGAAGGAUGGGAAUGGUGCAGGAGUAAAUUCAGCAGAUCAUAAGUUGGAGAGGUUGCGGCAUAAAAUUGCUGCUAGAGAAAAUGAGUUAAAAGUUCAGAAGAGGCCCGUGUCACCUGGUUUUGUGAAGGAUGCAGACAUCUCUGAUCAGACAAGGCCUCCCUUGGAGAAGAUAGGCUUUAAAGCUUCCAACAGUGGUGGAUGUGUUCACCUUGAUGAUGCGAUUGGACAUGAUGACAGAUCUGUUAAAAGGGUAAAGCUCACUCAGCAGUUUGCCAACAACCAAGCACACAGUGAUUUUCCAACACUGGUACCAACUGGUAGUUCAUUGGUAAACAACAAUUUACAAUCCUUGGAAAGAAGGGAUCACAUUGAAAAUGGAAUUACUGUGAAUUGUACUGUUAAUGAUACAGAGCAUGCAGUCACAAUAGAACCUUCGGAUGGUGGAACUGCUGAGAAUCUUAUGUCAUCGAAGAGUCACCACAUGGUUAUACAGGAUGGUGGCAACCAUGCCAGAGUUGAAUAUCAUGGCAAGCCUGCAGGGCCACCAUUUACUAGCGAUCAAGCUGUGAUUGAAAAUACUAGUUCUUUGGUUCCUGUUACUUCUAUCCGAGCAGAGGCCAAUGUUGAAAGGUCAUCGAAUCAUAUAAAGGACCAUGUGUUUUCUAAGUGGGAUGGGCGACAAUUGCCGCCUGUUGAUACUGUGUCAAACGAGAGGUCACAGUUGCAGCCUGGAAUGGAGAAUGCCGAUCCCUUGAACCGUAGUGGCCAUGUAGGCAUAGGAGGUCAGAACACAACACUGCUCUCUCUGCUAGAGGUGGAGGAACUCCAAGAAAGGGAACUGGAUGAUGCUCAGGAGCAUAGGCGGAAAUGCGAAGUUGAAGAAAGAGAAGCUCUCAGAGCAUACCGCAAAGCACAAAGAGCUUUAAUUGAGGCCAAUGAGAGAUGUGCCAUUCUUCGUAGAAAAAGGGAGGUUUGCUCUGCACAAGUCCAUGGUUUAAUUGCAGGGAAUUCUUCUUUGGGACAAUGUUUAAAUAUUCAGAAUGCUGAACAUGGCCAUGUAAUGCCAUCAGUACUCAACUCUCCGUUUCAUGCAGAUUGUCAGAUGGCUGAGCUUCAGGGUGGUAGGUCUAGCAGUCCUUUCCUGGAUGAACCUCCCCCACAGCCAGUAGAUAAGCAUGAGGCACGCUCACGCUAUUGUGAUGAGCUUGCAGCCAGCAUUGCUGAUCCAAAAUUUGUGAGUACUGUCCAUGAUACCCAUGAUACCAGUACACCUUCACAUUACACGGAGGAUGAUCUUCUGUUCCCCUCUAAGCAUCCUAGAUCUGAAUGCACUUCAAAUCCAGAGAAUCACAUGGAAGAAACUAUACAUGUAUAUGCGGAGGAAAACAGACAGGCUUCUACUGAUAGUGCGCAGGACUAUGAGCUUUUAGAAGCUUCUUUGAGGUCCAGACUGGUGAAAAGAUUUGGGGUGAAACCAUAUCUGAAUAACUCUGGAGAAGUCCCUGAAGAACUUGUUGUUGGAAAAACAGUGGAGACUGACCAAGGCAAACAAUCUGCACAUGUUGGACUUCAGUUACAGGAAGUGGAUGAGAAUGUUAUGACAAAUCCUGAAGGUACAAUGGACAUGGAGCUUGCAAAUGAUGGUGCUCAUUGUGUUGAAAAGAUGUCUGGACUAUCUGAUUCUAGUAAUGCACAUUCCGUGGGCAAUUGUGGAUUUGAGGACAACAUUUCCUCUCUUGGAGAAUCAUUCGUGCCAUCAAGUGUGAAUUAUCUCAUUUGUCCUUCUUCAGCUCCACAAAAUGCUGCUAGACACAUCAAGUGGGUAUUUCAUGGCUUUCGUAAGGAGGCUUCGGAUGAUAGAAAUGACUUAGUAACCAGUGAUAUAGCAUCUGAAGCAGCAGUAAGGCCAUCUGUGAUACAAGACCGUGUUGAAGAGAAUCUUAGGAUGGUCUCAACAGCUCCAAGGGAUAAGGACAUGGUGCAAAGUGGGAUUGACCCCUUCUGGCCCUUCUGCUUCUUUGAGCUACGAGGAAAAUGCAACGAUGAAGAAUGCCAAUGGCAGCAUGCUGAGAAUCAUGCUUGGAGAAAGUCAAAGCGCAUAAAAUGCGCAAUGCCAUCUGUUUCAGGCCGGAGUCCUUAUGACCUAUUUCAACAUAUUCUGCCCGUACCAACAUAUCGUGUUGGUUCAAAUCUUAUUAAAGCUGAUCUGAACUUGAUGCAGUCGGUGUUGGCUAGCAGUAUUUGGCAAUAUUGGCAAAGGGGUUUUUGCGCUUCCUUUCCUUUACCUUUAUCAGUUCAGAGAGUUCUUCCAUCAGAUGCACCAUCCUUACAAGCUGGUGAUGGUUCGGUUGCAGAUUUUGAUAGGAACAGACAGCUAUCAAAUUUUCGAAUGCUGGAUAGUAGGAAGAAUAAGAUUGUACAGGGAUCUCUUGAUGUUGAACUUUUCUUAGAGGCUGCACUUGGUUUAUAUUGUGGGAAAGUAAACAAACCUGACAGGCUCAAGGCUCUUUUACUUCUAGCACGCUCCAUUGAGGCAGAUCCAAGCACUGUUAUCCUGUGGGUGUUUUAUCUUCAUAUUUACUAUCAAAAGGAUGAAGGACUUGGGAAAGAUGACAUGUUUUCCCAUGCGGUGCAACACAAUGUUUACUCCUAUGAAUUAUGGCUUAUGUAUAUUAAUAGUAGGUUACGCUUUGAUGACCGAUUGGAUGCUUAUAAUGAUGCUCUGAGCAUGCUCUGCCAAAUGACAGCUGACACUGGCGAAGAAUUGAAAGAUAGAAGUGCUUUCAUCUUAGAUAUCUUCUUACAGAUGAUUUAUUUCCUGUGCAUGUCUGGAAAUGUAGAGAAGGCUAUUUCUAAGAUUUAUGGGAUUCUGCCUACUGCAAUUUCGGACUGCUCUGGCGACAAGUUGCUUGCGGAUGUCAUUUCUUGCUUGACAGUGUCAGAUAGGUGCAUAUUUUGGAUUUCAUGCCUAUAUGUGUCAAUUUAUAGGAAGCUGCCAGAGGAAAUUUGUGAUCAGCUAGAAUUUCCGAAAGAAUUACCUCGUGUGUUAGUAUGGCAUCCUGUUGAACUUAGGGUAGAUAACAGAUGUCAGGUUACAGAGCUAUUGAAAUAUGCUGCUGACAAAAUGGCUAUAGAUAUUAACGAGACUGUUAAAAACGGGGACCCGUCUUAUCUGACAUUGUCACAAUUCCUCGCUGUUAACCAUGUUAGUUGUCUAGCUGCUCUUGAAGGCUUCCAAUCUUCUGUUGAUAUGCUGAUUAAGUAUAUGAAGGAGUACCCAGCGUGCCCUAAUAUUCUUCUUAUCUCAGCUCGAUUAUAUCAAAAGUAUGGUACAUGUCCUGGUCUGAAAGGGUUUGACGAGUUGCUCAUGGAUUGGCCUAAAGAGGUGCAAGGAGUUCAGUAUCUGUGGAAUCAAUAUGCCGAUCAUGCUUUGGCAGAUAAUAUUGAGUUAGCUGAGAAGGUACUGACUCGUUGGUUUGAAGAAUGUGGAAAAGACGGCAAGCUCCAUUGUAAUUCUGCUGUUGGUAUGGUAGAAGGCAGUAAUGAGGAAUCUGAACAACCGUCGUUUGCCUCGACCCAAGAAGUUUCUUCUGGCCCAUCUGCAUCAGAAGAUGAGGUAUAUUGGCUGUUAAACCUCUCACUGUAUAGGAUGCUAGAGAGCAAUCUACAGGAAGCAGAAGUUGCUGUAGAGAAAGCAUUGAAGUUGGCCCAAGGGGAGAGCUAUGAGCACUGUUUAAGGGAACACGCCGCAAUUCACGCUCUAGAAAGACCAUCAUCUUGUUCAGACACUCAAACUCGAGCUACACUAAGUCUGAUAAGUGGUUAUCUUGCAGAUCAUCGGAACUUACCCAAGAGGGAACUGCUGUCUCGAAGGUUUAUCCAGACUGUUAGGAAGCAUAAGCUCAGGCAGUUGAUAGAUGAAACUAUAGGUCCAGCAUCUGCAGAUUCUUCGCUGAUAAACUCAGUCCUUGAGGUGUGCUAUGGCCCGUCUCUCCUUCCAGGAAGAAUAGGUGAAGUAAAAUACUUGGUUGAUUUUGUUGAAUCAGCAAUGGAGGCUCUUCCUGCAAACUACCGCCUAGCCCUGGCAGUUGGUUCAUUUGUGGUUAAGCAUUACACGGGUGCUGACCCUACCUCCAUGGGCACCAGGUUCUGGGCAAGCUUGGUUCUGAUAAACGCCAUCUUUCGUGCUGUACCUGUUGCACCAGAGUCAGCAUGGAUAAAAGGUGCCGAUCUCCUGGAAAAACUGCAGGCGUCAGAGACUGUGAAGCGGUUCCACCAGCAGGCAACAUCAGUUUACCCCUUCUCCUUCAAGCUGUGGCAUGCUUAUUUGACCGUCUGCAAAGCCAGUGGAAGCAACACGGAGAGCAUUGUCGAAGCCGCUAGGCAACGAGGCAUUGAGCUGAACGCAACGCCUACCUAGUUUGGCCCUUUUGAUCUGAAGCCAUGGGGUUUGCCAGGUGGAGUUGCAGUUACUGCUUUGUGUAGUGGAAAUGACAUAGAUACAUGGAAUCGGUGGUGAUUACGAUGGGCGUGAUUCACCAGGUGGAGACUGUAGUUAUGUGUUGUUUUUACUGCAGGUGACAUAGAUACAUAGAUUCGGUGGUGGCGACGAUGGGGUGGUUUUCUUGUUUAGGCAGAGUUUUAGGAUCAGGUAGUCGUGGAUAGUAUACAGCAUCUGUUUGUUACCGAGGUGGGCAAUUGAUGGCGAUGGAAACCAGGCAUAUAUGGGUUGCAGGACAUGUUUCUUUUUGGCUGACUUUGAGAAAGAUGUUGGAGGCAGACUUCUGUGUCUGUUUCAGUUUUAGUCUUAGUUCCCUUGAUACAGUGUAUGAAAUGCAUGACUAUUGUUUUAAUCACCAUCGUCAGGUAUGAAUGUGAAUUUGUGUUCA